GUGUUGCAACAGGACGCGAUAUGUUUUUUUUGGCAAGACAGGUCGGUCGAUGUUGUUUUACUCAACGUUCUGCAGCGGCGAAAGUAAAAUUGAGAAUUCAUGCGCGGAGUUGUCACAAUGGAGCAGCUGUUGAAACAGUCGACAAAUCGGUGCCCGAUGGUUUGUCCUACAAGUUCAUGCCCGGAACAAUUCCUCUUGUUGACAUGACAGUUGGUCAGCUGAUAGAAAAUGCAGCGAAACAUCUGUGGGGAGAUAUGGUGACCUAAUGAAUAACCCGAGGAUUUGCUUGAAUGUUCCUUUCUUCCACGCAUUUGGAAUCGUCAAGGGAUUGAUGACAACGUUUUGCAGUGGCGCAACUCUAGUGAUCGAGUCACCGAUCUUCAACCCGAAAGCGACAAUCAAUGCUAUUGCGAAAGAGAAGUGCACUGGGGCGUAUGGGACCCCCACCAUGUGGAUCAAUGCGACGAACGCUCAGAAGAACACGAAUGCUCCGAUGGAGAGCUUACAAUGGGCUGCGUCAGGAGGAGCUCAUGCAUCUCCAGAUUUGAUUAAGAACGUGAUUAGGACAUUUUCGGUGGAGAAUUUCAUGACAUUGUAUGGACUGUCAGAGUUGACUGCCAUUGCGUUCUCGACGAUUCCUGGAGAGCCUGAAGAACUGAUGUGCACCUCAAGCAUAUGGUUGCAGCAUCAUCUCGAAGCUAAAGUGGUGGACAAGAAUGGAUCAUUAGUGCCUUUUGGAACUCCCGGGGAAUUAAUAGUGAAGGGUUACAGUACCAUGAUGGAAUAUUGGGGAGAUCCAGAAACCACAUCGAAAACUCUCGAUGAGGGAUGGCUGAAGACUGGCGAUAAAUUUAUACUGCAUAAGGACGGAUAUGGAUGUACUGUCGGAAGGAUCAAGGAUAUGGUGAUACGCGGUGGCGAGAAUAUUAACCCCAGAGAAAUUGAAAACUUUCUGGAAUCACACCCUGACAUUCAAGAAGCUCAUGUCUUCGGUGUCUACGACGAACUCUACGGCGAGGAACUUUGCGCCUGUAUUAAGGCGAGCGAUGGAGUUACUCUCUCCGCAGAUCAAGUUAGAUCCUCCGCAAAGGGAAAAAUUUCGUAUUUCAAGAUACCGAAGUACAUCUUCCCAGUUAAUGAGUUUCCAAAAACAAGCAGUGGAAAAAUUCAGAAGUUCAAACUGCGAGAGGAGAUGGAGAGGAAAAAACUCGUACCUCAGAGAAAAUAAUAUCGUUAUUGUUUGUUUAUCAUUGAUGUUUACCAUUUUUUAUAAUGAGGAAGAGGCAAUUUUCAGGAGUAAAAAAUAUUUUAUUUUCUGAAACUGAACGUACAAAAUGGCACUCGUUACAGACUCUCGAUGACUCCUACUUCGUUAAUUGUAAUCAAUUAAUAUGAAUGAUAAUAA